UGGCUGGCCUUAUACAAGGCUCCCACCCGCCAAACUCCCCCUCAGCCAACCUUGCCUGUAUAGCUGUACUGUGGUCCCCACCCGCCUAAAUCAAACCGUGCUUAAUACUCACCGUAGUACACACCAACGAUGCCCAAGGACACCACCAAAACCAAGCGCAAGGCUGCAGGCAAAUCAGAGGGCAAGGCAACCAAAUCCAAGGCUGCUAAGGCCAAGGGCGCUCCUAAACGUGCUCUUUCCGCAUACAUGUUCUUCAGUCAAGAUUGGAGGGAAAGGAUCAAGACUGAGAACCCAGAUGCUGGUUUUGGUGAGGUUGGCAAACUACUAGGUGCCAAGUGGAAGGAGCUUGACGAGGAGGACAAGCAGCCUUAUAUUGAUUUGGCCGCCAAGGACAAGACAAGGGCGGAGGAGGAGAAGGCAUCCAUGGCUGCGACCAAAUCUUCGGCAAAAGAGAAAAGUGACGGGGAAGAACCAGCCGAUGAAGAGGAAGAUUAGUGCUGCGUCUCCCCAUCUCCUUGUACAUAUGAAGGCAUUGUUCGCUUUCGUUCUAACAUAAUUGUCAUAAGCCGUUUGAUGUCAGUUGAGUAUAUUAACUUUCUAUGCGAAACAUGCGACACUCGUAAUGCACUCCCCACGAGCCCUCGUACCGUUUGCCUUCCUUUUCAUUCGUGUCGCUAUUCAUGUUGUGUGUUUUGUUACACAUUUAUGUUCUGCAUGUUGUCCCUCGCUACUUCAGAAAAGAUUGUAUUUUGUACGAUCAACCUUUCUGUGGCAAGUUGGAGGAGUUGCUUGAAUAAUGAUGAUGGCACACUUUCAUGCAGUC